AUGGUGAAGCUUGUCUAUUUUUUUAGCGCUGUUGUGGCUGUGGUGGCUGCGGUGGCGCUUGUCACCCUCCUCCCGCCUGUUGCUGGUGUCGCCAUUUCCUGCGAGCCAGUGCCAGCGACGCUGACCCAAAUUGGCCUUGUCGACCAGGGCAACAAGCUUGUGACGGGCUUUAUCGACGCCGACCCAUUUGAGGACGUGGCGGUCAUCUCGGGCACUUCAGGCAAUCUGGUCUGGUUCCGUAACACCGACUCGUUUGGUUGGUCGUCGGCCAUCACCAUCUCGACCGGCCGGUUUGUGCUCCCCGACUUUCUGGCUGGCUUUGACUCGGGCGGCGAGGGUCUGCUCGAUCUGGCGGCGGCGUCCGACUCGCCGUCCGACGCUGCGGUCGACUUUUACCGCAACACCGGAGGAGCGUUCGUCCGAGUUGAGGUGGUUCCACCGGGUGCCUCGUCGUAUGGCCGGUUCACCUUUCUCAUCAUGGCCGAUUUUACCGGCAACACGCUUGGCGACAUUGCGGUGGUCGACCAGGACGCAGGAACGCCGACGAUCAUCUACUUUGAGCAGACGGCCGUCGACACGUUUGCGGCCGGAGUUUCGAUCAUUGCGUCCCCGGCGCUGCUCGACAGGCCGGGGGCGAUGGCAGCGGUGGACAUCGACGGCGACACAGACUUUGACCUCGUGGUGGCAACCCACCAUUCCGCGCCGAACAACGUGUACUGGCUGAAGAAUACGGGAAGCGGGUUUGAGGACGGAGUCCAGCCGGUGGCGUCCAACGUGGCGCUCCUUGACAAGUCGACCUCGCUUGCGGUAGCCGACUUUGACGGCGACACCUUUGAAGACGUGGUGGUGACAAGUGAGGACAACGCGGUGCUCUGGAUUCGCGGAGGCAGCGCGACAGGUACGACGUGGGAUGCACCGCGGAUCAUCAGCACCACGUACUUUGACACGCCGGUGCAGGUCGUGGUUGGUGAUAUUGAUGCUGACGGAGAUCUGGACAUUGCAAUUGCGGCCCAGGGAAACAACAUUGCAGCGUGGGUGCCGAACAACUACAACGGUGGCGUCGGCUCGGUGGAGAACAUGUGGGCCACGCCGCGGACGAUUGCCAAGUGCGACGGGUGCCAGACGCUCGCGCUGUUCGACUUUAACGUGGACGGACAGCUCGACGUUGCGGUGGCCGACCGGGCGCAAGACAAGGUGCUCUUUGCGCGCAACUCGCCGAUCGAUGUGCUGGGCAACACAUUGCUCGACAUUGCGAGCGAGACGCCCGAGACGAUGGAGUCGCAUGACUUUGACGGCGACGGCGAUCAGGACUACCUUGUCACGACUGACUCGACCAACACGGUCAAGUGGAUCGAGAACACUGAUGGCGUGGGCGGCACCUUUACGGCACGGGCGCUCGACACGACGUUCGCAGGAGUAAGCCGGGCGGCGGCGGCCGAUCUGGAUCUCGACGGCGACAUUGACAUCCUUGCGGUCUCGCCCUCGCUCAACAGGGUGGUGUACGGGAUCAACGCCGGCUCCGGCUCGUUUGCGGCGGUUGUGGCGUCUGGAUGGACCGGGACUGCACUGUACUCGCCUGGCCUGGCGGUCAGCGUUGUUGCGCCGGUCGACAUCGACACCGACGCUGACGUAGAUCUUGUCGGCUCGUCGGCGACCGAGCUGUUCUUUGUCCGAAACUUGUUUGUGGAGUGGGACAACGGGACAAUUGGGUUCUCGGCGCGGACCGUGAUUGACACCUUUGUGCAGUUGGCCGAGUUUGAAGUGGCGCCGAUGAACAGCGACGAGUGGCCGGACAUUGUGACGGCCGACAAGACGACUGGGGCGGUCCACAUCUAUCUUGGCUCUUCGUCGGGCGGGUUUACGGCGGGCCUCUCUGUGGCUGCUUCGACAGCGGCGCAGCCUGUGGCUUUUGUCUACGCUAUUGCGCUCAUUGACGCCGACAAGGACGGCGAUCUCGACAUUGCAUGUGCUGGGAUCGACGCUGGCUUUGUGCUGCUGGAAAACUACGGCAAUGCCGUGUUUGACCCGUCAAACGCGGGGCGGACCAACUUUUCCUCCAUUGUGGCCAGAGACUAUGACGUCGGCAUGAUUGUGACCGACUACGACGGUGAUGGCAACGACGACAUUGUGUACCGCGGGCGGUUUGAGCCCGGGUUCCUUGGCUUUUUCCAGGGUGUCGGUGAUGGUACAUUCGCGACGCAGGCUGUCUCUUCGGGCUCGUUUCAGAUUUCGCUCUCGACUGGGGUAGACUUUAACCAGGACGGUGCUGUUGACGGUGUGGCUGAGUAUCUGGGAACUCUUGGGUGGUUCCCAGGCACAACGCUGUUCCGAGUGCUUGACGCGGUCUCGCCCAAGACGAUGACGCUGACGCCAGCGACGCUCGGGUCGACGCUGGCACGACUGACGUACUUUAUCGGUCUCGCCUCGGGGUGUGCUUCCGACAUGAUUGUUCUCCCUCCUAAUGCUGCGCUGUACGGGUGCUUUGACGCCGGCCCGUACCCGCUGUACAAGUCGAUGGUGAUUGACGGCAACGGAGCGACGAUUGACUGCCGGCUUGGGACCGGCGGCGGGUUGUUUGAUGUCCGCGAGGGCGCCGUCGUUACGCUUCGCAACAUGACGAUCAUCGGAGCUCGGGCGACCAAGGGCUCACCCAGCGGGCCGGCCGGCAUCCGUGUGACCGGCAGUGGCUCGACGUUGGUAAUGGAGGAUGUGGUGGUCCGUGACGGAUCGGCCGUUCCGAUCACCGGUGCAGUGUUCCAGCUCAACCGCGGGCACGGCGGCGGCGUGCUGGUAGAGAGCGGCGGGAGCCUGGUGGCGCGGCGGAGCAGAUUUGAGAACAACGUGGCUAGUAGCGGCGGCGGCGGCGUUGCGGCGGUCGGCUCGAAUGUGGCCAUCGAGAUGGAGGACGUGGUGCUGACCGGCAACGCUGCGACAGGUGGGUCUGGUGGCGGCAUCCUGUUGCAAACCAACGCGGCGGGGACAGCGCGGGUGGCGCUUACCCGGGUGACGCUUUCAGGCAACUCUGCAGGCGGGACCGGAUCUGGCGGCGGGCUGACGGUCUCGUGUAUUGCGGCGUCAUCCUGCGAGGUGGUCCUGGUUGACUGCCGCGUGGCCGGCAACUCUGCCUCUGCAGCCGGCGGUGGCGUACUGCUUGUUGGCACACGUGUGAGCAGUGAGCUGAACACGACGGUGAUCGAGUCGAAUGCCGCCGGAUACGGCGGCGGGCUUGCGGUGCUUGCUGUGCCGGACACGGUGCCUGCGGGCGCGACAGCGUCGUCGCUUGUAGCCGAGGGCGUGGCGGCGUCGGGAGUGAGCGGGAUGACGCGGAUUGUCGGGACUGGCUCUGCGUUGCGGAGUAACGUUGCUGUGCUUGGUGGAGCACUACUUGUGUGCUCAGUGCCUGUCGAGUUUGCGGACGUGCGGGGAUCGUCGCUGGAUGUGUCGGGCAACUCGGCGAGUGUGGGUGGCGGUGCGGUCUUUGCCUGCCUCCCGCCCGGCUCGCUGGCGGCAGGAGCCACAGCGCGGCUUAUACCGAGCGCACUCCCGUGGCUCAAGUUGUACGAUCCGGCGUCCGGGACGUUUAGGAGCGUCGACGAGGUGUUUGGCACGUUUUCUGGCGGCGGCGCGCUGUAUGGGCAAGUGCUUGCGUCGCCGCCGCACGUCCUCGAGUGGACAUCGUCGGGCAGCGCCGAGUCGCCGGUGCUGACGCGGUCGUCAGGCCUCGAGCUCGGCAAUGCUGCUCGGAUCUCGCCGGUGGACGUGUUUGGACAGGCGGUGAUCGACCCGGGGAUUACGGUGCAGCUCGAUCUUGUGACACCAGCGACGGGUUUCCAGCUCUCUGGUGGCGACCGGGCCAAGCCGAUGGAGAGCUCAUCUGUAGUCUCGUUUGUGGACGUGACCGUGGAAGGCCUUGGCGGCGGCGUUCUCGAGGGCGCGCCACAGGUGACAGUCCACGCAACGGUGUCGCCUGCGCGUGUGAGUCCUGUGGGCGUGCUGCGGGCAAACAUCUCUGCAUGCGUGCCUGGAUUCGGGCGACGGUCGCUCGACGGAGCGCCAAUUGUGUGCGGGAUUUGUUUGGAGGGUACCUAUUCUGCAGAUGUCUCGAUCGCGCCGUGCGUGUCGUGCGACGACGGCGCAUCCAACUUUGGCAAUGGGGCGACGAGCUGUGACUCAUGCCCGGCCGGGACCGAGCGCGACUUGUCUGCGCUCAACACAACAGACGUGACGCCGGAUGGGCGGAUUGACCUGCCUUGCACAUGCUCGCCGGGCUUUUACUCGCCGCAAGGAAAGGUGGACGUGGCGUGUGUGGCGUGCCCCGAGGGCGGAGUGUGCGACGGAAAGCUCAAGCCGCCGUACGCGCAGCCUGGGUUCUACCCUGGUGAGGGCGGGGUGUUUGUGAGUUGCAAGCUGGCCGAGGCGUGCGCGGGAGAUGGGCGGUGCAGCGUCGGGUACGAUGCGCAGCUGUGUGCCGACUGUGCGAGCGGGUACUACAAGCUGAGCGACAAGUGCCACAAGUGUGCCAACACGACUGCGUUUGUGCUUAUUGCGAUGAUUGUACUCGCGUUUGUGCUUGUCUUUGCGCUCAUCUACUUCAACACGCGCAAGGCACUGAGCUACCGGUUUGCGGCGGCGAUGAUUGGGCUCAACUCGCUGCAGAUCUCUGCGAUCUACGGGCGGAUUGCGCUGGACUGGGGCGAGUUUGCGAACGCGUGGUUUUCUGCGAUUUCGUUCCUCAACCUCAACUUUGAUCUUGCGGCACCCGAGUGCGCGUCUGAGGGAGUGGACGUGUAUAUGCUCAAGUGGUGGGGCACGAUGCUCCUUCCGGUCAUGUUCUGCAUUCCGUUUGGCGUUGUGGGCUCGCUGUGGUAUGUGUACAUCCGCAAGCGGGGCGGGCAGCGCGAGGCAGCAGCUGUGGCGCGCUACGAAGCGUCGGGAUGCAACAUGGAUGAAGAUGGCGAGGCGAGCGAGCCGCUGACAGUGGAGGCGCUGAAGGACGCGAUGGUGCGGUCGUUCUAUCAGCUUCUUGUACUGCUGUAUCUGCCGCUGACCGGGAUGUGCAUGUCGUACUUUGGAUGCAACAAGGGUUCCGACGGAAGGUGGGCGCUGGAUGUGGCACCGUCGCGGACGUGCUUCACCAGCUCGUACUGGGCAGUCUUUCCGUUUGCGGUCCUCUUUUUCGGCUUGUACUGCCUAGCGAUCCCACUGGGCAUUUUCAUGCUGCUGUACAAACGGAACGCGGCUGCGCAGGAGGACGCGGCGAUGGGACUCAUUGUGUUCCAGCUCCGAUACGGGUUCCUUGUGGCGCGGUUCCAGGAGCAGCAGUACUACUUUGAGACGUUUAUCAUGCUCCGCAAGUUUGGCGUUGUAGCGAUGAGCACCUUUUUCUACUCGGCAGUGUCCAAGGCGGAUGCGGCGCUAGUGGUGCUGGGGGCGUCGUUCCUCCAGCUCUGUCUUUUGCAGCCGUACCUCUCUAGGUUCCACAACAUUCUUGCGAUGGUGUGUCUCGGCUCGUGCGCAGCAGUGCUCGAGGGCGGAACGAUCGAGGACGGAGUCUUCCGCGGGAUUGUGGUGGUGACGGCGAUUGUGGUCAACACGCUGGCGAUUUUCGUGGGCAACGGCAUCGACCUGUGGCUAAUGCGCAAGUCUGAGGCUGAGGCCGAGGACGAGUUUUACGAGUCAGGCCAGUUCCGGGUUGCCGGCGACGCGGCGGUGGUCGACGACAAGUACACGCAGGCCGAGGCCGAGGGCCGGAUGACGACGGACACGGAGCUGCACACGAUCAACGGCAACGGCGGCGGAGCGAUGCACACGAUCGGCGUGGCCGACUCACCGGGUGGCUCGUCGGGCUCGUCAGCGGUGGCGUCGUUUGGCGGCUCGGCGGGUGGUGGCAUGGAGUCUGCUGCGUACGGCUCCGCGUUUGACACGGCGGCGCUGGCGACACCGGGCUCGAUUGUGAUGACCGGAGACGCCAGUGUGGGCGGCGGUGGGCAGGUCCAGGCUAUGCCGUCGCCUGUGCCGCGCAACCCGCUGUUUGCGUCGAUGAUGGAGCAGGGGUGAGGGCUUGCGCUACGUGGCAGGAUUUCAUUGCUUACAUGAAAAAGUCGUCGUCGCCGCCGUCGUCGCCCAUGUAGGGGUCGUCCAUAAAGUCCGAGGUGGUCUUGUUGGCGCGCAUCUUGAGGGCGACGCCGCCCUUCUUCUUCUUGGCCUUCUUGGCAGA